AUGAAAGAAGCUCAGGAGACCAUCCCUCACUUGUUUAGAUGUCCAAUAAGUUUGGAUUUGUUGAAAGAUCCUGUGACCCUUUGCACAGGACACACUUAUGAAAGAUCCAGCAUUCAGAAAUGGUUGGCCUCUGGCAAUCUCACAUGUCCUGUAACAAUGCAGAGGCUGCAUGACCCUUCUUUUGUUCCUAACAACACUCUUCGCCAUUUGAUUACUCAGUGGCUGCAGAUGAGUGACCAAAUCAACCCUCACUGCGUUUCUGCUAUUGAUUCUAUGUCUGCUUUGAGAAGCAAACUUGAAUCUGAUGAGUUUUCUUUUGGAUACAAGAUUCAAGUUCUCCAAAGAGUGAAGAUUUUAUACGAGGAGUCCCCUUGUAAUUCUUGUUUGAUCCAAUUUGGGUUCUUGUCAGUGCUCUUGGAGUUGGUUUUUGGUCAAACAGAAGCUAAACUAUCUCAAGAGUAUCAGGAAUUUGUAGAGCAAGCCCUUGGUUUUGUGGUUACUGUGGUCUCUCUUGAUCAGAUACAGUCCCUAAAUGUGUUAAUGGAGGAGUCUAAACUAUCAAGGUUCUUGGUUUUGUUCAGCCAUGGCACUGCCAUGGUCAAGAUCAGUUUGUGUCAUCUGGUUGAGGCAAUUUCAUCUUCAGUUCAGGCUAAAGAUCUAAGUGCUUUGCUAGGAAGCAGCACCGAGCUUUUGCACGAAAUCGUGCAACUUCUACAUCAUAAUUCAGAGGCCUCCGAUGCAGCAACCAAGGCCAUAUGGUCACUAAGUAAAUUGGAACAAAACAUAGACAAUUUGGUUGCAGAAGGUGCGGUUAGUGGGCUUAUUACAUACAUUCUCAACGCACAACAACGAGAAAGAAGCUCUAUACGAGUGGGAAUGGCAGCAAUUGAGAAACUUUUGGUGAUAAGAAGAGCAAAAGAGGAAGUGAUGAAUAAUCCAAACGGGGUAAACGCUAUUGUGAAGAUGGUUUUUAGAGUGUCAGAUCAUGGAGGUAGUGAAAGUGCUGUUAGUUCACUUAUAAGUUUAUGUUAUGAUUCAGUAGAAGCAAGGGAAGAGGCCAUUAAAGAUGGAGUUUUGAGUCAAUUGCUUCUGCUUCUGCAAAGUCAGUGCAGUGCAAUGACCAAAACAAAGGCAAGAGUCCUGCUUAAGCUUCUUAGAUCCAAAUGGGUUGAGGACAAAAGAAAACUAUAA